UGGUUUCAAUUCUACUUUCGUUGCGCAAGUAUUCUCUACGCGAAUACCGGUUCCAAAGUCGCCACUAGGUCUAACUUACGUAAAGUAAGAGGUUAGCCACUGGAAUAAACAUUCUCCUAGAAUUGUGUCAAGAUCUAAUUUCCUUUGAAAAUCCAGACAAACACCAUGCAGAACUAUUUCCAAGAAGGGACGUUAAGGCAAUUUGUAGAAGUACACUCAACCGGAAUCGCUGUUGCCAUAGUCGCAGGAGCGGGUGUGGUGGCUGUGCGGCGAUGGCUUGGCGGGGGCCUGUGCCGCAGCAGGGCAAGGCUGGAUGGGAAGACCGUGAUGGUAACCGGAGCCAACACCGGGAUCGGGAAGGAGACCGCUCUGGACAUGGCCAACAGGGGUGCCAGGGUUAUCUUGGCCUGCAGGGACCAGACCAGGGCCAGUAAGGCUGCGGACGACAUCAGGCAGAGGAGUGGGAACGGCAACGUGGUGGUGAAGACCCUGGACCUGGCCUCCCUGCAGUCCGUCAGGGACCUGGCCAAGGACAUCCAGGAGACCGAGGACAGGCUGGACAUCCUGAUCAACAAUGCAGGAAUCAUGGGGUGCCCCAAGUGGCAGACUGAAGACGGCUUCGAGAUGCAGUUUGGUGUCAACCACCUGGGCCAUUUCCUCUUGACCAACUGUCUUCUGGACCUGCUGAAGAAGUCUACCCCGAGUCGCAUCGUCAAUGUCUCCAGCCUGGCUCAUGAAAAAGGCAAGAUUAACUUUGAUGACAUAAACAUGGAUAAAGACUACGACCCCUACAAUAGCUACCGGCAGAGCAAGCUGGCCAACGUGCUAUUCACUCGGGAGCUGGCCACCAGGCUGCAAGGGACGGGGGUGACUGUGUGCAGCCUGCACCCGGGGGUCAUCCACACGGAGCUGGGCCGUCACUUCAUCGCUGGGAUGCCCCUGUGGAAGAAGGUCAUCGGCUGUGUUCUGCUGCCCCUGCUGAAGACCCCCUGGCAGGGGGCCCAGACCACCAUCUACUGCGCCGUGGACGAGAGUCUGGAGGGAGUCAGCGGCCUCUACUACAGCGACUGUGCCCCGAAAGAGGCCGCCCCCCAGGGCCGCGACGACGCUGCCGCCAAGAGGCUCUGGGACGUCAGCGCCGCCAUGGUGGGCCAGGAAUGACGCGCGCGUGCCCCUGCCUCCUGAGGGAGCCGCGGCACUGCAGUGAGGGGACCCCACCAGCAGAGGGCCUUCCUCUGACGACGCUCACCUCCAUCCUGUCAAUCUUAAGCGUGGCUUAAAAAUGCAACGCACCGCUUAAAAUGCAUUUCUGACCACCCUCUGCACCGUGGAAAUUCUCAGCCUUCACUGGAAGGACAAUGCAAACAAGGGCUUCACAAGAACAUUUAUUCAAAAUAUACAGCCAUCGCACUACAUACAAAAAUAGUAUACAUCGAUUGGUGGUGGUGUUAACACUGCAUUUAAUUUGUUUUUAUGUUUUCCUCUGUUAUUGACUCUUCCAAAUAUCCUUUGCAGUUGGCAAAAUGGUGAGAGUUUCUCUCCUGGUCAGUGAACAUGACAAUGUGUCAUGACAAGUACAGGCCGUUAAGCAUAUCAUGGCAAAACGGUCUGAAUUUGACCCAUAUCAGGCACUGCACAUAUGAAGUAUGCACAUAUGCUUUUUUGACAUGUUGAUAGAUAUUGCCACAUCACUCCUAACGAGGUUUUUAGUACUGUGAGAAAUGAGGGAAAAUGUUAGAGAAAAUUAAUGAAGAGUGGUCUGAGUUAGACUUUAAAAAAGGAAUUACUUGUCUCCUUUUUUGACAAGGAUAGAAUAUGCCGUGUACUUUCAACAACAGGAUUGUAUCUAUUCUUAAACUAUCGAUUGCACGCCUGCAA